UUGUGCAGUUGUACAGUUUAAAGUUAUUCUGUGCACUUAAAGAAAUAACUUCAAAAGGAUAUUUAUGCCAUGCCUUCUCUUUUGAUUUUGAUAUUUUUUUGUUAUGUCAAAACAAAACCCAUUUCCUGAUAUGAAUAAAAAAGCAAAGAGCCUUUUAAAUGUUACGAAAGAAAUAUAUACUGUUUAUUGUCUUUCUGGUCAUUGUUAUAUUCUUUUUUACUAUUAAUUGCUUGUUAAAAUUUUUGCCUCAGACUGAUAUUGAAAUCAUACAUAAGGAAGAAGUUGCAGAUCUCAUCUACAAGGAACUCGAACACCUUCCUGAUGUUUAUAAAUAUCCACAAGCACAAGGUAAUCAUAUUUACGAAUCCAUUAGAAACAUUGGAAAUCAACAAUUUCAUGCUGGAACCUUGAGAAGUCUUUGGAAAGAAUCUAAUUCUUGGAUUUUAUCUAACACAAUAACGAACAUAUCUAGUCCUAAUUUGGGCAGGAUCUUAAAAGCACUGAGCACAGCUAGAAUUACAAGUGCAGACAUAGAUACAAGAGGGACACAGCUCAAAUUAUUAUUAACUUUAACUGGUGACCAGCAAAUUGUCUUUAAGCCUAAAUGGUAUAAUAAAGAAAAAAUUAUUGAAGGCCCUGUUUAUGCAGGCAAGGAUCGAUAUCAGUCUGAAAUAAUAGGUUUUUAUUUAUCCAUUUUACUUCAAAAACCUUUGGUGCCAAUGUCUGCAGAGAGGAUAUUAUCAUUAAAGUAUGAUAUACUACCUGUUGCCACAAAAAGACUCUUAAACACUAGUUUUGAUCGAAAUAAUAGAACUUGUAUAUAUGGAAAAUGCUUUUAUUGUAAAAAAGAAGAUCCAAUAUGUGAUGAUGAAAAUGACAAAUUAACGGGUGCUGUAAUAUUUAACAUUAAUAAAUCCUUUAAAAGUUAUAGAUCUCCAUGGCAAAGGACUUAUAAAAAAGGUAAACAAGCAGAAUGGGAGGAAAGCAAUAACUAUUGCCAGUCACUUCAAACCAAGCUAACAAAAAACCGCCUUCUAGAUUUGAUUGAUACUUCAAUAUUUGAUUUUUUAAUACAAAACGGUGACCGUCAUCAUUAUGAGAUUCUAAGUGAUAAAGUUAUAUGGGUUGACAAUGGUAAAGGUCUAGGAAACCCAUAUAUUCAGUUUAUAGAUAUUCUAGCACCAUUAUAUCAGUGCUGUAUGAUCCGAGACAAAAUGUUUAAAAGUUUACUAAAUUUAAGUGGGGGUCAAUUAUCAAGAAAAUUAAAAUUAAUGCCUCAAAUUGAUAAUUUUUUAACAAGUGAGCAUUUAAAGUCUAUGGAAGAGAGGCUUAUGUUGAUAUUUGCAGCUAUUGAAUAUUGUAAAACCAAGAUUAAGAUAAAAAGUAUUAAUUAACUAUUAAAUAUUUCCAAUAAAUUUGUUUUAAUAAUGUAU